AUGUCUAAACGAAGUGCAUCUGACAGGGCGACAGACGGCCAAGCAUUCGCGAAGGCCUCCGGAAGUGGGGCUAAGCGUGAUGAGAAUGAAGUAAAUGAUAUCGGUGAGUUCGAGGAUGCUUGGGAGGAUGAAAUCGAAUCCGAAGAGGAGGUGGUUGAUGGAGAGGCCGGCGACGGCGAAGAUGUCAUGCCCGCCAUCGAAGAAUCUGAAGAAUUGCCUCCUGCUCCAGAGGCAUUUAUUCCCGGAACGCAUGUCCUUGGAAAGGACGAGAUACUGGAGCCCGAUGACUCAGUGUAUAUCAUGCGCCAUUCAAUGAAUGUGACAUGGCCUUGUUUGUCAUUCGACGUCCUCCGGGACAGUCUGGGGGACGAGCGGCAGCGUUAUCCAGCAACUGCAUACCUUGUCGCUGGAACACAAGCAGAUCAAGCAAGCAAAAACGAGCUCUCAGUCUUCAAAAUGAGCUCACUACAUCGAACGCAAAAAGAUGGAGAUGAUUCAGAUUCGGACGAGGAGGAUGACGAUGCACUCGAUGAAGACGCUAUACUGGAAUUCCGCUCAGUACCUCAUCACGGUGGUGUAAACCGCAUUCGUGCCCAACCCUUACCUCCAUCAUCGCCUCUACCUCCAGCAUCACAGCCCUACUUUACCGCAACAUGGGCCGACAACGGCAAAGUUCAUAUAUGGGACAUUAGGCCGCUGAUCGAGUCUCUUGACGUUCCGGGGUACUCAUGGGACAAGUCGAGAACUAACAAACCAGCUUUCACCAUCAACUCGCAUGGUCGCGCCGAAGGAUUUGCAAUGGACUGGGCUUCAUCAGGAAAUGCAAAUCCCUCAUCACUACGUCUACUCACUGGAGACGUGCACUCGAAGAUAUACUUGACGACAACCACACCAUCGGGAUUCAACGCCCUUUCUCAGCCGUUCACGUCACAUACCUCCAGUGUUGAAGACUUGCAGUGGAGCCCAUCCGAGCCCACCGUUUUUGCGUCAUGCUCUGCGGACUGCAGCGUGCAGAUUUGGGACGUGCGGAGUAAAGGACGGCGAAGUGUGGCUGGAAUCGAGCCAGCGCAUGAGAGUGAUGUGAAUGUCAUUAGCUGGAAUCGAAGUACUAGUUACCUCCUUCUUAGUGGUGGCGAUGAAGGCGGAAUAAAGGUUUGGGACUUACGCAAUGUCCAAAAGAAAGGGUACGUCCAGGUCAGAUUGACAACAGUGGUACCUAGCCCCGUUGCCUCUUUUAAAUGGCACACCGCCCCCAUAACCUCUAUCGAGUGGCACCCGACCGAAGACUCGAUAUUCGCUGCGUCUGGUGCAGACGACCAGGUGACCCUUUGGGAUCUUGGGGUCGAACCAGACGAUGACGAAAUAGGGACGCUGAUGAAUGAUGCACCUGAUAGUGCACGAGACGUCCCGCCACAACUCCUCUUUGUCCAUCAAGGUCAAAAGGAUGUCAAGGAAGUUCACUGGCACCCACAGAUUCCAGGUGCAAUUUUGAGCACUGCACUUGAUGGAUUCAACAUCUUCAAAACGAUAUCAGUGUAA